CCCCUUGGUGGUUGCAACAUUAUAUCCACAGCUCUGCGUCCUCGACCGCAGUCGCCUUUUUAAUGCACCAAGCGAACGGAGAGAAUAUCGCUGGAAGAGCCGCUCGUCUUUCCUCUUGGACCUAACGUCUUUGGAAAUACUUAACGCACCACUCCAGACCCCCCGAGUGGACUAUAGCGAGACCCGCACGCAGACUUCGAGCGUAACGAAGAGAUGAGAAUUGCGUCCUGAAACCCACGUAUUGCUAAAUGCUGCUUUAGAGUGAAGACGUGCGAGGCACCAUCCGACACAUGGAGUCCAGGGUUCCCCACCACAUUCCCGGAGUGUCCUCUUCUCUCAUAUCCCAGCCCCUGCUGGACAGCCGAGUGCCCUACGGACGUCUUCAGCACCCUCUCACCAUUUACCCCAUUGACCAGAUAAAGUCAUCGCAUGUGGAGAAUGACUAUAUCGACAGUCCAGUUGUUGUGGCUCAGCAGCCUCUGAGCCAGAAGUCUGCAAACCGAAGAAUCACCUGGCUUGGUCAGAAUCAGGAGGCCUUCCUUGGUGCCAACCAUAAUCAUCAUCACAAUCACCAACAUCAGCUCCAUCAGCUGGCCAGAUGCGAGCCUCACCCUCACCAGGACAACACCACCCAUCCCUGGAUUUCCUUCAGCGGCAGGCCCAGUUCUAUUAGCAGCAGCAGUAGUACCUCUUCUGAUCAGCGGCUGUUGGACCAUGCAGCACCCACUCCGACAGUGGACCACCAUCCAAACUCAAAACAUCACAAUGGCCCCAUUAACACAAUCACAACCCGAACUCCUGGCUGUUUCUCUUCCUCUGAAUCUAAAGUCCUGACCUCCUCUUCCUCUGCUUCCUCCUGCUCCUCUUCCUCAAAAUCGCUUGACCUCAAGUCUGCAAAGGUUCCUGCUGGAGGGAUUUGCUCCACUGGGGUUCAGCAAGGACUGGUUCUUAUCCCUUCCUCUCCAACCGAAAAGAAGCACCUGUUUGUCUGCGAGCACUGCGGGAAGUGUCGAUGCACUGAGUGCACGCUCCCCCGAACCUUACCCUCCUGUUGGGUCUGCAACCAGGAGUGCCUGUGCUCGGCUCAGAGCCUGGUAGAUACGGCCACCUGCAUGUGCCUGGUCAAAGGGAUCUUCUACCACUGCACCGAGGAUGAGGACGACGAAGGCUCCUGCGCCGACAAGCCCUGCUCGUGUUCGCAGGCCAACUGCUGUGCACGCUGGUCCUUUAUGACCGCCCUCUCUGUGGUCUUGCCAUGCCUAAUCUGCUACCUACCAGCUGUGGGACUGGCCAAGCUGGGACAGAAGUGUUAUGACAAUGUGAGCAGGCCUGGCUGUCGCUGCAAGAACUCGCAGGCUGCCGUGAGCAUCCCUGUUAGUAAAAAGGGAGGUGUGGAAACAGAAGUUGGGACCGAAAAGCAGCCGCAGGGGUCAUGAUAGUGGACCAAAGUAUCUGCCUGUGGCCUUGCGAGAAAAUGGACAGAAUCUCAUUUGUUAGGUUACUAUAGACUGGACAAUCCAACACUACCCCAUUAAACAACCAUAUUUAUCUGCUGGAAGAUGACUAUUAAAACAACGGUACUUAAAUGGUUUCUUGACCUAUGUUUGAUAGUGUGUAUGAUUAAAACGGGCCAUUUGAGGAGUUGGUUAGUAGGAACAGCUAAAAGGUUCUGUGAAAGAUUUGUUUUUACGUUCUGUAUGGGCGACGAGAAUAAAAGACUAGAUUGCAUGGCCUUACGUUUGGGUUUUGCAGAAAAUGGCUGAAGGCACAAAGUCAUUGUACCUCUCUGCUGCCUAAUAUUUUUCAGAUAAUUUUUGUAAUUCUAAGUAAAGAGAAACUGGUUGCUGAUCCUCAGUUUGCAAAAGGUAUUCAAUCCCAGCCAUCUAGAAAAGCACAGGCCAGUGUCAAAUAGGAAAGCAAGUGGUUAACUGGAGAAUACUGUGGCUUUUAUGGUGGGCCGUUACAAGGGACCACUUCCUCUCAAUACAACGAUGUUCACCCUCUUUUAAUUUUGCAGUUAUGCUAGAAGAUGCUAGCUUGGUAAUAUUUUAUCUCUAGAUUCUUAUUUGAACAGGGGGAUCUCUGAAAACAACCCUUAUUGACUUAAUAUAACUGUAAUUUUCCAUAUUUCUUUGACCCUUUUUGUGUGCUACAAGUGAGAUAUAAUCAAUUUACAGUUUUUUUUUUUUUUUUUGGCUGGUAAAGCUUAGACCCUUUGAAAUAUUUUGAAUGCUGUUCACUGCUCCACCUCAGAUGUAAUGCAUGUCACGAUCUGCAUGCUCUAGUCUAAUGGUUAACCACAGUGCUAGAAGUGGAUUUGUGGUAGAUAAAAGUGUAAAAAAAGAUUUAAAAGGAAAACAAAAACGUACAACCAACCUUCUCAGGGAUUGUUCUACAAUAAUCUCCUCUUGAACUUGGCCUACUGCAUGUUAAAUUUUAAAGUUGCCUAUUAGAGUCUGGUCUUCUUCCUCUUUGCACAAAAAAAGCAAAGAAAACACUUAGGGGCGAAAGAGGCAAUAGUGAAUAAUUUAAAACGAGUAAGCUAAGUGAGAGGCAAAUGGGCCAUAAAACUUUUUUUUUAGAAGGGAAAGGAAUGCAGGUGAAGGUAAAGGUGAGAACGAAAGGCUUAGAAAAAGUUCUUGCUGUGUUUGUAUCCAAUCAGCCUUUGUCAAAAUCAAACCUGCCACUUGCACAACUUUGUUUUUAGGACCCCCCUUAAAGGAUAUACUAAAGCACAGUAUUAACAACAACCUCAGCAAUCUUGUAUUACUUUGGCCUUCACUGCAUUUACUCCACCCACACCCAUCCACCUCUACGCACAUCAGUGUCUUCAUGAAAGUCAAAUCAGUAUGCUGCAUAGUUGCUUGUGUGAAACAGUCUCUUUUACUCUUAAAGUCUAUUUUUGUGACUUGCAUGAUGUUCUUAGGAAUUUGCCAAAGGAAGCUAUUACACAGUAGCAUGUUUUCACAGUCUGAGUGACCACAGUUGUUAUGCCCUCUUGCCACAUAGUUGACGGCGGCUGGUUGUUAAAGGUGAACUGCUUUAAAUACAGGUGGCUGUUUCUGUUGGGCACUAAGGCAUAUUGGCUUUCUAGCUCCUUAACUCACUGCUCUCUUUGAAGUUGGACCCUUGUCUUCCACUGGGGUACCUAACUUUGCUGAUACUUGUAUUCGUCUUGUUGCACAAAGCUAAUAACAUAGAGAAAAAAAGCAAAGAGGAAAAAAAAAUACACAUGGUCCUUGGUAUUGAAUGUACGAGGCAGGAUUUCUAAAAAUCAAGCAAUUUAGUCGGAGAGAAAGGUGCCAAAACAGAGAGUGAAUGUGUGGCUGGGUGAUGGUGGGGCAGUAAAAAUCACAAAUGUUUUGACAAUAUAUUUAGUAGUAGAGCUAUGCAGGUGAAAUGUUAUUUGCUGUAAAUAGUUUCAAAACAUUUGUGUUCUUUAGAAGAGACUUAAAUGUCCUCGAAAGAUUGCAUGGUACAUUAUAACUACAAUUCAGUACAAACUAUAUUAGAUAUAUAUUUUAAGGGUAAGAAUAAGAUGUUUUCAAGAAAAAGGAGUGCAGCAGAAGGAGGGUUUGAGAAACAAAAUGACUUUAUACCAAUUGCACUUGAUUUGGAAAAGAGUGCCCGGCAAUAAUAAAGAAGUAGAAAAAAAAUCUCCUGCUGAUUAUGCUAUCCAUGGCUCAUUAGCAGUCGAGAGGCUAAGCUAAUUCCCUCUCUGAGUCCUAAAGACUGUGGACUCAUUGAAUCCACACUGCACCCACAGUCUGCCCUGAUCAACCCGUUUCCUGCUCCUUUUCUCAUUAAUGCAUUUCUUCCUUACUUUCUUCCAUGAGAAAUAUUCCAGCAAACACCCCUGGCCUGCCUUGAUUGACAAACACAGCUGCUGUUCAUAAACUUGUGAUACCACAGAGAUGGGAGAUACAGACACGUCUGACACUCAGCCUGCUUGCUUUCUUGCCGUUUUUUACGCCCUUCUCAUCUUUGUUUUUCUCGAGAGUUGUGCUGAUCUUUAUCACCAGUUGGACCUUUUUCCUUUCAACAAUUGCUGCCUUUCUCUGUAGAUCUUUUUUUUUUAUUAUGCACUCAAUGGCCUGUUCAAGGUGUGAAAAAGAAAUCAGCAACAACUAUGGUGAAAUUUAGGUCUAAAGUUUAUUUUCAGUUUUACACACCGAUGCCGCCUAAUUUUUUUUUUUUUUUUACAUAAACAAAAGGAAAACUAUAAUACAGUUGCUACCCCAUUCCUUUGUACCUUUCCAAUAACAUUGUUGGGGAUUAAGAAACGAGAUAUGUGCUUUUUUUGUUGGUUUGUUUGUUUAGAUUUUACAAAAAGAAAAAAAAUCUCAUAAAAGGUUCCCUUUAUAGAUAUAUUUAUUUUGAAGUUCUAUUUUAUAUAGUAUUUAUUUAGAUGCCAACUUUUUGUUUGUGAAGAAAGCUUAUGUUGAAAUGGAAUGUACAUUGACAAUGGAAAUAUAUAUUGUUAAAUAUA